UGAUCUAAUGGUAUUUAUAUCAGAGCACACACAUGACAAGACAUCAAUCAUGGAAACUCGUAUCCGUAGUAAUCGGUUACGGGGUGUGAUUGGAAUCUGUGUUUUACUUGCUCUUACUGGUAUUGUGUAUCUUGGUUAUUUCUGUCCGGACCAUGUGUGUGCGUUGACCAAUCGUGAUAUCAAGGAAUCAACGCGAUUGUCUGAAGGGUUCAGUACAGGUACUGGACUAAGUUCUCUAGCUUCAUCUUCACCAGUGGAACCUUUUAAAAAUUCAUUGUUAAUUCAUCCAUCAUUUAAAUUUCAAAAUAUUCAGAUCUCGGGUAUGACGAUAUUCUUAAUAAUGAUACCUUUCAAUUUGAUAUCAAUGCUCAUGAUGUUAUUGUCUUUCUCCAUAUACAAAAAACAGGCAAGAGGAACAUUGUUUGGAAAACAUUUGGUCCGGGAUUUAGAUCUUCACCGACCAUGCUCGUGUCAGAGACGGAAAAAACGGUGCUUUUGUUUUCGGCCAAACCGUGAUGAGAACUGGUUAUUUUCGCGUUAUUCAACAGGCUGGAAAUGCGGCUUACAUGCUGAUUGGACGGAACUAACAAAUUGUGUUGAUUAUGAGUUAAAUAAAAUAGAGGGUGAAGGUAUUAAGCGGAGAUACUUUUAUAUAACUAUUAUCCGUGAUCCUGUUGCGAGAUAUCUUUCCGAAUUUCGACAUGUUCAAAGAGGUGCUACAUGGCGUGGGGCAAGGCACUGGUGUGGCGGCAAUGUCGCUAAUAUACCACAGUGCUAUUCUGGCCCAACUUGGCAAGGAGUUACGCUGGAACAAUUUAUGAAUUGUUCAACGAACUUGGGAAACAAUCGUCAAACGCGAAUGCUCGCAGAUUUAUCACUCGUUGGUUGUUAUAAUUCAUCACUAUCAAAUGCAGAAAAAGAUAAUCUCAUGUUGGAAAGCGCUAAGCGUAAUUUACACUUUAUGCCAUUUUUUAUGCUGACAGAGUUUCAAAAAGUCGGACAGUAUUCAUUCGAGGAAACUUUUGGUAUGCGAUUUGCCGUAGCAUUUGAACAACAUAAUGCAACGCUGAGUGCUGCAACAAUGGCAACUUUAACACCAAAACAAAAAGAAAAAAUAAGAAAGCUCAAUAAUCUUGAUAUACAACUUUAUGAAUAUGCCAAAGAUCUUGUGUUUGAACGAUUCAGACGAUUAAGAGAUCGCGACCCAUACUUCAUCCAGCGAUUUCAACAUCUUGGUGAGUUACCAUCGCGUCAAAGUGCAACUGAAUUUAAUUGGGAUUCAGUUAUUGAAGAUACUACUGAUAACGAU